UUUUACCGGAAAAUUUGCGUUUAUUGUUUUGUUGUGAGGUGAAGUUAUUUAGUGUAUUUUAAAAUAUAAUUUUGUUUGAAUUUGCCUUUUUCCUUUAAGAUUGGUGGUAUAGUUCAUUUUAAAAGUGAUGUACCAACGCAAUAAAAGCACAUAAUUUAAGUCAUAAAUUUAUACGAAGUAAGUUUUCAUUGACGAAAAUCGUGAUGGGGUCGUAUCCUAAGAAAAAUUCGGCAGAAUGGUUUAUUGAUCAAUUAAAUGUUGAGAAUGCGAAGCUCUUAGCAUUUUUUCUCGUAUUAGGAUUUAUUGGUUAUCACGGAAUAUUACAUUUGAGAUAUGGCCCUGAUUCCUGCACAUGGUUAUUAUCUUCUGGCAGAUAUAAGGGAGACCAUGAAUGGCAGCCUUAUGGAUGCAUGUUGCACAAAUAUUCAAAAACUGAUGCAAGAAGGUGUUUGCGGUACUUAGCAUUUUGGGGGAAAUACAACAGUUUUGCUUUCAUCGGCGACUCGCGGGUGGAACAACUCUAUGAGCAUUUUAUCAAUGGGCUCAAAACUCGUUUGGAUAUGGACACAUCAUACUCUACUAUAGACCAUCACAUGCCGAAUUAUACCUACGUGGAUAGUAAGUUACGUCUCUCCGUAACAUUCAUAUGGACUGAGAACGUUUCCAAAACCAUGGUGGAUAAAUUUAGGAUGUGGCAGCAUUCGGACCAACCGCCGUCCGUGAUAGUCGCAAGCAGCGGGCUAGCACUAGUCAAGAACCGUAACGUGUCCGAGGCCAAUUUAGACGAGUACAAACGCAACCUGACACGCCUGGUUCAACCGAUAGACGCGCUAUCGUCCCGGGGCACGCACGUGCUGUGGAAGCUUCUGGAAUCCGUAGAUAAUUCGAAGCUGAGGAACGAUGUGAAGAUCAAUAAUAACGAUAUUGACGCGUAUAAUAGGGCUGCUGUUGAGAUACUGCAGCACAGCGCCACCAAGCUGUGGAGCGCGGCCCGGCUGGUGGCGGCCGGGGCGCCGGCCCCCGACGGCUGGUCGCUCAGCCCCACGGCGCUGCGCCACUGCACGCAGAUACUGCUCAACAUGUUCUGCAACGACCACAUGAACUUCAACGACGGCACCUGCUGCGCGCAGCCGGAGCCCUGCACUCAGCUGCAGCUCAUGACCUUCGCCCUGUUCCUGAUGUGCGCAGUGCUAGUCCUCAUCAGAUCGAUAUGGCGCUGGUCCCAAACGUUCAGACAGCAGCUCGACGGCUACUCGCUGGUGAACAAACCGACGAAACAACCGUCGCCGAUAGUGGCGCUGGCAAAGCUCGGAAUGAUAAUGUCCUACUUCUACCUGUGCGAUAGAACGAACUUCUUCAUGAAGGAGAAUAAGUAUUACUCGGAGUGGAGUUUUUGGCUGCCGGUCGGUUACGUGUUCGCGCUGGGGCUGUUCUUUACCGACGAGUCUAAAUCUAGCAGCCACUCGCGGGUGCUGCACCGCGAGCAGACGAGCGAGUGGAAGGGCUGGAUGCAGCUGGUGAUCCUGGUGUACCAGGUGACCGGCGCCAGCAAGGUGCUGCCCAUCUACAUGCUGGUGCGGGCCCUGCUCUCAUCCUACCUGUUCCUCACCGGCUACGGCCACUUCUACUACAUCUGGAAGACGGGCGACAUGGGGCUGGUUAGAUACUUUCGAGUGAUAUUCCGUUUGAACUUUUUCACCAUAGUCCUGUGCCUGACCAUGAACAGGCCUUACCAAUUCUACAGUUUCAUACCGCUGGUUUCCUUCUGGUAUACUUUGAUGUUCGCGGUGUUCGCGCUGCCGCCGCACGUGGUGCCGCAGCCGAGCCACGCGGCGGAGGCGAAGCCCUACCAGCAGCUGUACGUGGCCGCGAAGGUGCUGGGGCUGCUCGCGAUCGUCACCAUCCUCUACAUGAGCGAGGUGUUCUUCCAGAAGAUCUUCGUGGCGAGGCCCUGGAAGGCGCUCUUCGUCAACAGCGACGACGACAUACGCCAGUGGUGGCUGGACUGGAAGCAGGAUCGGUACUCCAUGACGUACGGCAUCAUGUUCGCGAUGGCGUACCAGCUGGCGCGCCGCCACGGGCUGCUGGACGACAGCAACCACCGCAACCUGUUCUCGCCCGGCGUGGCGCUGACGGCCACGCUGCUGGCCUUCAUCGGGCUCGGCAGCUACGUCACGUUCACGUUCCUGUGCAGCGACGCGUACGCCUGCAACGAGAUCCACAGCUACGUGGCCUUCCUGCCCAUCGCCAGCUACGUGCUGCUGCGCAACGUGUCGGGCGCGCUGCGCACGCGCCACUCGGCGCUGUUCGCGUGGGUGGGCGGCGUCACGCUGGAGCUGUUCGCGAGCCAGUCGCACAUCUGGCUGGCGGCCGACACGCACGGCGUGCUGGUGCUGCUGCCGGCCGCGCCAGUGCUCAACCUCAUGCUCACCUCCUACAUCUUCGUGUUCGCGGCGCACGAGAUCCGCCAGCUCACCGCCGUCGUGCUGCCCUACGCGGUGCCCGACGACUGGCGGCUGGUGCUGCGGAACAUCGCCAUCUUCCUCGCCGUGCUCGUGCCGAUCGGUAUACACGAUGGUAUGUUUUAGAAUGGAGGGGGGUUCGCGUAGAUGCGAUUUGUAACUAUUUUCUUUGUGUCCUACUUAUACAGUAUGUCCCGAUGUACAUGUACUGUGCUCAUUGGUACCUAUAGUUUUGCACACGCUUAUUGCGAAAAAAAUAUUCAAGAAUCUAUGUUUACAUCGCUAGGCGUCACCCAGCCGACAUAUACCGUUCCGUUAAUGUGAGCAUUGUGCCUAUGAAAACAUAAUCUUCAACGUAAGUGUGCCCACGCACACUUUCGUUUAGUUUUGGUGGCAAAAAUGAACCGGGUGGGUUAGGACUGGUGUACAAAUAGUUUUAGGAAUUCACCUUGUAGAAAAAAAUGCAUCAAUGAUUUUAUAAGUAUUUAUUAAGUAUCGUUAAACAUAGUAUAUUCUCGGCGGGACAACCUGUAUAAUAAAAAUGAAAGUUUGUAAGAAUGCGUGUAUAUUUGGAUGUUUGUGCACUAACACGCAAGAUCAGCUGAUCAAGCAUUAAAUUAAUUCAAUCUGCAUGAAAUUUGGUGCAGAGAUAGGCUAUAAUCUGAAUCUGUCUCAUAUGCUUUUUUUAUUUAUUUAGUGAUAGAAGUCCAGGUAUUUCAUUUUGCAUAAUAUCUAAUUUUAUUUAUAUAUUAUAAUAAAUAAAGGAAUUAAGAAUAAUGCUGUUAAAAAAAAAAAUUAAAAAUAUGGUUUCUGUUCACCCUUCCCUGUUUUGUCCAAUUGACAGCUGUAGUGUCACAACAUGGCGCAGAAUCCAUUCUAUUUUAGUAUUAUAUUUCUUAAUGUUAAAUUCAGGCCUACCAGCGUCUAAAAAGUGCAGCUGUGAUUUGAUUAUUAGGUAAAAAAAAAGUUUAGUAUUAUAUUUUAAUUUUGUUUAAACCCUAAUCAUCCCCUUAUCGUAU